AUGUACUAUGACUAUUUGGUAUAUAUGCUGGAAGGCAAAUUAAUGGAUCCACUAAACGAUACUAAUAACACAGCGCAAACUAAUGUAAAUAAUAGUAAUACACCGCGGGCGGAGACGUUGGUGAAUGUAGUGAUUGAUUUCGAAGGUAAAAUUUCAAUAUUGUAUGAUGAGCCUUUUGGAGAAGCCCGGACGUUUGAUGAAGUCAUUGAAGAAGUGACGAAAGCAAGCUCGUUGAAACCAUCGUCAGCGCUAAGGCUAUGUGCACAGCACAUCAUAGGAAUCAUGGAAACGCUCCCAUUCCUGCGCUACUACACAUUGGACUACCAGAAAGAGAGGGAAAUUCUCUGCAACAAAGUCAAAACAUUCCUACUUAAAAAUUCAUACAGCGUCGUCGAUUUAUCUAAACUGUUCCAUCACCUCUCCCCAUUCAAUAAUUAA